AUGCAACGUACGCCGGUUAAAACGUCCGAGGAAGAAUCAAUAUUCAUUGGUUUCGAAGACGUUCCUUACAGCGACACCAACUCCACAACUGCGAAAAUUAAAUCCCUCAAACGCCAGAGAGACCAAGCGAUGAAAAAGAUCAUGCGCAUCUACGAAAGUAUCAACGUACAGCAUUCGAUCGAGCUAUGCAAUUUGAAAGUUUACGCAGCAAAGUUGCAGUCGGCGUACUGCGAGUACUUGAAAUAUCAUAGUGAUAUUGUUGCUAUAGUUCCGGAUGAUGAACUGGAAGCGCAAGAAAUCGAGUACAUCAAUUUCGAGAACUAUUUUGAUCACACAUCCGCCGCAGUUGAAGCUCGGAUAUUGCAACAACCGAUCAGUCAGACGGCUCCACCAGCGCAGGUCGUCAUACACCAGCAGCCACUAAAAGCACCGAUCCCGACGUUCGAUGGUGAAUACACAAAGUGGCCGAAAUUCAAAGCCAUGUUUCAGGAUGAGAUGGCACAAUCUCGCGAUUCGGAUGCGAUCAAACUCUACCACUUGGACAAGGCCUUGGUCGGAGCGGCAGCAGGAGUACUUGAUGCGAAGACGAUACAUGAAGGCAACUACGCACAAGCAUGGGCCAUUCUAACAGAACGCUACGAAAACCAACGUGUAAUAGUUGAGACACACAUCCAAGGACUUCUUUCACUCAAAAGAAUGAAUUCCGAAUCUUACAGAGAACUACGAUUCCUGCUCGACGAAUGUAUAAACCAUGUCGAGAGCCUCGAGUACUUGAACCAGAAACUAACUGGUGUUUCCGAAUUGAUGAUUGUCUACUUGUUGACUGCAGCUCUAGACAAAGCGACCCGUAAGCAUUGGGAACAGACUCUAAAACCAGGAGAAUUGCCACAAUACCGCCCUACGAUUACCUUCCUGAAGUCCCAAUGUCAAGUGCUAGAGAGAUGCGAGACUGCUUGCGCGCAGUCAUCAACGAAAUCAGCACCGAAGCAACAGAUCUUGAUCCCGAUGACUAAGAUUAAUAAUCGAUCACUCACAGUGACAACGAACACCGAAAACGUCAACGAGAAAUGUGAUUUUUGUGACGCGUCUCAUCGAAACUAUCAGUGUAAUAUACUCAACACAUUGUCAAGCGCUGAAAAGUUAGAAAAGGUGCGCUCGGCAGGUAUAUGCUACAAUUGUCUCCGAAAGGGUCAUCGCUGUAAUGCCUGUCCUUCACCGAAGGUCUGUCAGAAAUGUCAGAAACGACACCACACCCAACUGCAUGACGACACUACGAACCACAAGCAGGAGUCUAGAAUCAUAAUCGCAACGACUGAACCGGAAACUAUGGAUCUAGAACAAACAACGUCAUCGUUAGAGAACGUAAUGACAAACUGCUACUUGAAUAACAUUCACGCUCCGAAAACAGUACUACUUCUUACUGCGGUGGUUCUGACUACCGAUCGAGACAAACAAGUUCACCAGUGUCGAGCCCUUCUAGAUAGUGGAUCUCAAGCGAACUUCAUAACCGAGAGCAUGGCAAAUACUGUUGGCAUGGAGAGGAAAUGUGCUAAUGUUCCAAUUUCUGGCAUUAACAAUGUCAAAAGUCUAGCACGAGAAAAAGUGGAAGUCUACUUGCAAUCUCGAUGCAGUGAUUUCCGCGCGACAGUGGAAUGCUUGGUGACUCCCAAGGUCACUGGAAUGAUCCCGACAACAAACAUCGAUGUCACCAGUUGGGUUAUCCCAGAUGGUAUCCAACUAGCUGAUCCGUCUUUUUUUAAAUCAAACAAAAUCGAUAUACUGCUUGGUGCAGAAUUGUUCUUUUCUUUAAUGAAACCAGGGUACAUUCGAAUUGAUGACGACCAUCCUGAGCUACGAAACUCGCACCUAGGAUGGUUAGUUACUGGUGCUUACCGGCCAACACGGAACGAAGAAGUAGUUCAAUAUUCCCAUGUCGCAUCUCUUGAUUCUGUCGAACAGAUGAUUCGUCACUUCUGGGAAAUUGAGGAAGUUCCAAAGGCUGCAACCACUUCACCCGAAGAACAACGAUGUGAAGAUAAUUUCGCAUUAUCCCACUCUCGAGACAACAACGGACGAUUUGUAGUUCGAUUACCGCUCAAAGAGAACGUCAACCAGUUGGACAGUUGCCGAAAUCUAGCAAUGCGACGGUUUUUCAUGCUAGAAAAUCGGUUGCAGCGCAACCCUGAACUAAAAGUGCAAUACAUUGACUUUAUUCGAGAGUAUCAGCAACUUGGUCAUUGCCGAGAGGUGAAUGUGGCCGAUGAUGACGCGAACAUCAAGCCAUACUACUUGCCACAUCACGCGGUACUUCGCCCAGGAAGCUCGUCGACAAAAUGUCGGGUUGUCUUCGACGCCAGUGCUAAAUCGGCUCCAACGCAUUUGUCGUUCAACGAUGUUUGGCUAAUAGGCCCAGUAAUUCAAAGUGACAUCGUUUCUAUCAUGCUACGCUUUCGACAACACCCUAUUGUUUUCUCUGCGGAUAUAAUGAAGAUGUACCGUCAGAUUAAUAUGCAUCCCGAUGACACACACAAGCAGCGAAUAUAUUGGCGAGAGCAUCCGAAUGAUCCACUGAAAACUCUGGAGCUAAUGACCGUCACCUACGGAACUGCUACAAUUGACGAAGCCAUCGAAGCACAGCACCAACUGCACUUGAUGUUGGCUCGUGGUGGGUUUCCAAUUCACAAAUGGUGUUCUAAUUCUCCCGAGGUACUUGCGCACAUCCCAAAGGAAGAAAGAGAAACGUUGAAACCGUUCACUGAUCACCAUGUCAACAAUGUUAUUAAGGUUCUCGGUCUACUGUGGGAGCCAAGCUCCGAUGAACUUUUAAUUGCCGAAUGCGCAAAGGCGCCAACUAAUCGCGACCCACCAGCUACGAAACGACUAAUUUAUUCUGAAAUAAAAAUCCCUAGACAAGUAACAUUUCAAGGUGCUGUUGGUUACGAACUGCACGCAUUUGCUGAUGCCUCACACGUGGCAUACGGAGCCUGCGUUUACAUCCAGAGCAUAAUGAAUAACGGAAGUGUCAAAUCCAGACUGCUUAUUAGCAAAUCAAAGGUAGCACCCCUCCGAGCGCUUACCAUUCCACGCAAGGAAUUGUGCGCAGCUUUGUUACUUGUCCGACUAGUCUCCAAGGUACUGCCUGCCCUUACGAUCAACAUGCAAAGGGUAGUCCUAUAUUCCGACAGUGAAAUUGUUUUGGCGUGGCUGAAAAAACAUCCUUAUCAACUACAAACAUUCGUAUGCAAUCGUGUAAGUGAGAUUCAAGCCAACUCUGAUGGAUUCUCAUGGAAGUACAUUCGCUCUCAACACAACCCAGCGGACAUUGUUUCUCGUGGAAUGCUGCCAUGCGAACUUAUGGCUAGUGAGCUAUUCUGGACUGGUGGAACGUGUAUCAACUCACCAGUCGUUAGUUUUGGGGUGGUGAAUGAAGUGCUCGACGAAAAUUUACCGGAAUUGAAGGCCAAUAUAGCAGCAACACCAGCGCUAAUCGAAGAACAGCUGGAAAUAUUUGAAACCUGCAGUUCUUUCCGACGGCUUCAACGAAUAAUCGCGUGGGUUCUGCGGUUCUUGAGCAACGCGCGCAAGUCAAAGGAAAAUCGCAUCACUAUCAGGCAUCUCAGUGUGCAAGAACUUCGACGGUCAACGAUAGUCAUCGUACGCGUUAUUCAGCAUAUAGAACUGCAAGACGAAAUCCAGCGAAUGAAAACGAAUACUCCUUGCAAACGAAUUGGAGCCCUCAAUCCAAUUUACAACUAUGAUGACGUGUUGAGGGUCGGUGGGCGACUCAAACAUUCUAACUUGUCCGACAAAUCGAAGCAUCAGCUGAUUCUUCCGAAUGCAAAUCCGGUCACACAUCGUCUGAUUCGGGAAAUGCAUCACGAACAUCUGCACGUUGGUCCAGCUGGCCUUCUUUCUGCAAUCAGGCAGCAAUUACUACGCGCUAGACCAACAAUUCGACAGGUAACUAGGUCAUGCACGAAUCCAACGGGUGUUUCCCAGCUUAUGGGUGAUCUUCCGAAACAACGUGUAACACCGGCUCCCGUAUUUAACAUUACUGGUGUGGACUAUGCCGGUCCGAUACUUGUGAAACAAGGAACUCAUCGACCUAAGGUUGUCAAAGCAUACAUAGCGGUUUUUGUUUGCAUGGCAACAAAGGCUGUACACUUGGAGCUGGUGUCCGAUUUAACCUGCGAUGCAUUUCUCGCUGCCUUGCAACGCUUCGCUCACCCGAAUUCGGCGGCCGUCAAGAGCACCAAGACGCACCUGAAACGAGUGAUUGGAAUUAAUACGUUAACCUUUGAAGAAAUGACGACUAUUCGAUGCGAAAUUGAAGCUGUUCUCAACUCAAGGCCACUUUUCGCUAUAUCCGGAGAUCCAACUGAUCCAGAGGUUAUUUCUCCAGCACACUUUCUAAUUGGUCGUUCAAUGACUGCAGUACCCGAACCAACCUAUCAGGACAUCAAAUUCAGUCGGCUCAGUCGCUGGCAACAUCUCCAACUGCUUCGCGAACAAUUUUGGAGGGCUUGGUCCCGUCAUUACUUGAGCAGUUUGCAACCAAGGAAAAAGAACUGGAACACUACAUCCAACGUUCGAACUGGGAUGAUCGUACUACUGCAAGACAAGAACCGACCACCUCUGCAAUGGAAGCUGGGUCGUAUCACCAACGUCUAUCCUGGUCCCGACAAUCUGGUUCGUGUUGUGGACUCUUUCAGCGAAGGCAAAACUUUCUCCCGUUCGAUUUCGAAACUGUCAGUUUUGUCAAUUGAAGAAAACCAAGGCCAAGGUGAUCAACAAUAA